CGGCUCUCGAAUGGUUACUAGCAAGGUCACGACCUUGCUUACAUUGGCAAGGCGAAAGCAAGUCGCUGAUUACCUUACCUCGGCUUGAUUUCCUACCAUGGCCUUCAACGCAUUUUUCAGAGCUCGCGCGCCGCUGGCACUGGCAGCUGCGAGGCCAGCGAGAGCAAAUUGUCGCUCUGCUUUCCGUCGUUUCAAUUCGACACAGGCGCCCACCCCAAAGUCCAACACCGGUCUCUAUGUCGGCUUAGCUGCGCUGGCAAUUGGCGGUGGUGCCGGCUACUACUACUUGUCUGAUGUCUUGGCUGCUCCUGCUCAGACUAAGACUUUUACUCCUACGAAGGAGGAUUACCAGAAGGUAUACAACAAGAUUGCAGAUAUCCUAGAAGAUGGAGCAGAGAACUACGAUGAUGGCUCGUACGGACCUGUCCUUGUUCGUCUAGCUUGGCACUCGUCUGGUACAUAUGACAAGGAAACCAAAACUGGCGGCAGCAACUACGCUACAAUGCGUUUUGCACCAGAAUCCCUUCACGGCGCUAAUGCUGGAUUACAUGUAGCACGUGACAUCAUGGAAAAGGUUAAAGCGGAAUUCCCUUGGAUUAGCUAUGGUGACUUGUGGACUCUGGGUGGUGUUUGUGCCAUUCAGGAAAUGGCAGGCCCUAAGAUUCCUUGGCGUCCUGGAAGGGUGGACGGUAUCCAGGCUCAGGCUACUCCUGAUGGUCGUCUUCCGGAUGCUACUGAAGGCGCGGACCAUCUCCGACAUAUCUUCUACCGUAUGGGAUUCAAUGACCAGGAAAUCGUUGCUCUGUCCGGUGCUCAUGCCCUUGGACGCUGUCACACCGAUCGCUCUGGAUUCGAUGGCCCAUGGACGUUCUCGCCAACCACAUUGACUAAUGACUUCUACAAACUGCUUUUCGAAGAGACAUGGGUGUGGAGAAAAUGGAACGGCCCGAAACAACUGCAGGAUAAGAAGACGAGGAGUCUCAUGAUGCUGCCCACCGACUACGUACUGACGCAAGACAAGAGCUUCAAGAAAUACGCCAAAGCCUACGCUGAUGACCAGGAUCUCUUCUUCAAGGACUUCGCAGCCGCUGUAUCGCGCUUAUUCGAACUUGGAGUACCCACAGAACAGUUCGCCACGGCAGAACCUUGGAUCAUGAAGUCAUCUGAUGAGAAGUAAACACUCCUUCGACACCAAUAAUACCAUCUACAGAAACACUAGACGCCCUGAUCCUUUAGAGUAGAUCUAGAUGUCUCUCGAGUUCUGAUGUAUGUAUAUUUAGCUACAAUCUAUCUUUUGAAUUUCCCGUUCUCGUCUAAAAAUUCCGGGAUACAGAGUUUGCAGUACGCAUGCCAAAGUCUACGAAGCCUAUGCAAGAAUGA